AAGAAAUUAAUUAAUUAAAUAAAUUAAUUAAUGUCCACAAAAAUUAUUUUAGGAUAGCAGCAAAUAGAAUUAGUAAAAGAAAAAAAUAGUUCAGUUUAAUAAUAUAAAUUAGAAGGCAGGAGCGCAGUGAGAAAAUACUCCGAAGAAAUAAAUAACGGUGCAAAUAAAGCAAUUUUCAGCUAAAAUAUGAAUACAAAUACAAAUUAUUUGGGAUCUUCUCCUUCACCAUUAUUAUCAAUCAAUAACUCUCCUAAUAUUCCAUCAAAUUUAACACAAAAUAAUAAUUUUUAAAGCAAUUUUCAGCCAAUGAGUCAGCACAUCAGCAGUACCGGUAUUCAAGGAUAAUAUAUGAGUAGUAGCAGUAACUAUCAAAGUAACUCUAGUAAUAAUACAGGAGCUUUAGUCAAGAAUGCAAUUAAAAAUUUUUAAGAAGCUAAUGAAAAAAUCGAAGUAAGGCCAGGUGAAAAAGAAAGUAGGAAUUAUUUGAUGGAAAAAUCGCCCACAACUCUAGGAUAACAGAUAUAUGAGACUUUAAUGGCCUAACAGUUAUAAUUUUAAUCACAAGGUUCACAAUAAUAGCAAUAAAGUUAAUUUUAGUAUUAGCAACAAUAACAGCAGCUUUUAUAGCAACAGUAAUAGGAUAUUCAGUAGUAACCAAGCUUAUAAUAAAAGUUCUAUUCUUAAAAUAUCACAUAUAAUAACAAUUCACAGAUUAACUACAGCAGUCUAAAUUCGCAAAUAAAUUCAAGCUCUAAUUAAUCUAAUUAGCAAACUAACCCUAAUAGCUAAACCAAAAUUUAAAUAACAGAUCAACAGUCUACAACUAUUAAUAGUGCUCGUCUUUCAGUAAAAAAUUAUAUAUAGAGUGCUAACAAUGCCUAAAUGUUAACUAAUCAAAGCUCGAAUAUAAACAACCCUUCUUCUCACAAUGGUGGUAGAAAUCACACUCUUGAGAGAGUAGACAGCACUCGCUCUGGUAACUUAAAUAACAAGGUUUAAAAUACUUUUUAAUAUAACAAAGCGAAUAAUGGAUUAAAUUCAUCUUCAGGUGCAGUGUCUUAAUCUAGUAGUAAUAUGCCUAGUAAUAAUUUAUUUCGUAAAUCUCUUGAGUACAGCUUAAUAAAUCAAUUGGCUGGCAUCUCAUAAACUAACAGCAGUAACCAUGUAUAGAGUGCAACAAUCAAUUUAUUUAGCUCUCCAUAGCUUAAUCCAUCAAACAAUCCAGCAACAAUUAGUUAAGUUAAUUUAUCUCGCUCUUCAAAUUUAAAACCAGCAGCUAAUUCUAGCUAAAAUGAAUAAGCAAGCACUUCUACAGCUGUUUCAGAAUCUAAAUAUUUUGAGGCAUACAGCAAAACCAAAUCUCCAAGGGAACCUUAAGCUGCUACAUCCAUUUAGAAAACAUAAAACAAAGAUAAAUUAUCAAAUAUCACAGAUUAUGAAGCUUUGAAUUAGCAAAACUAACUUUAGUAGCAAGCACAACUUCAGCAAAGGAUGUCUACAAGUUAACACCACUAUCAAAGCAAUCAACCAAGUUUUAAUGCAAUCAAAUAAGAUUCUUAAUAAAACAUACAAGGAAUGGUAGUUAAUGGCAUAGACAUAGGUAGCAGAUCUCUUGAGAGAAAAAUACAACCUAUUUAAAGUAAGUUGAGCAGUACAAGCAGUAUUUCCUCAAAAUAUAUGCUUUCGAAUCCACAAAAAAUCUCUAUAACACAGUAUUAGCAAGCAAAUUAGCAAGGUGAUUCACUAACUUUAGCUUAAAAAUACAGUAAUAAUAUUAAUACUCAGAGUAGAUAAGCUCAUCACUCUAGCUCGAUUAUUAAUGCGACAAAAGGUAAAAGCAGCAGAUCUAACACUCCCUCUAAAAGUGGUACAAGCAGUAAUUAUAUGAGUCCGAGUCCUUCUUUUCUAGGAUAAGCUACUCUACUAAAUUCCUAACAGCAGUAACACCAACAAUAAUAAAAUAACUCAUCUAGUACUAAAUUAUCUAAUAAAUUCUUAUAAGAAUAUAAUUCUAUAAAUUAAACACAAUAGUAAGGUGCUAAAAACAUUGAAAAUCAAAACGCUUCAAAAUAAUAAUAAUAAUAGCAAUAAAUUUAGAAAUAGAACUCUCUUAACACUUAAAAUAACAACUCUUCGUUGGUUGGAUAGAUAAUUUCAAUAAAUAGCAAUGCUAACGAAUUGAACUCAAAAUAUUCUCCUCGUAGCUCCACAAACUUACAAAGUUAAAUUCAGAAAAUAUCGUCAACUAUUUCUCCUAUAAAUUCCUUCAAUUCUAAUUAAAUAAGCAAUUUAUCAACUUCGCCCAAGAUUUAUCAGACAACAUAAUAAAUGGGGAAAGAAAAAAAUGAUAAUUAUUCUAGCAAUAAUUAUCAAUCGAAUGAAGAAAAACCUAAAAGCUAAACCCAUAUUAACGUGUCUACCACACCGCCUAAGCUCUCUGAUAUUAAUAUAGAAACUAAAUAAUUAGCAGGAAGGGUAAUUUAAGAUCCUUUUAAUAAUUUCUUAGAAAACUAAAAUGCUAGAAUUGCCUCAAACAUGCAAAAUAUUUAGGAAGAAAGAAGAAGCACUUCUAUAAAUAAAGCACCUGCUCUUACAACUUUCAGCAUAAAUCAAGCACAUCCUAGCUAUUAAAAUAAUAAUAUAAAUAACUUCUCUAUGUAAUAGAAUAAUAGUCUCUUUAUUUCUUCUGAUUUAGAGGCAAACAAUUAACAAAAUCAGAACAUUAAUUAUUAAAAUAAACCGAAAUCUCCUUCAGCAAAUAAUGCUAAGAGUUCAAAACCUUUUGAUUUUAGCCAAUAUAAUUCAUAAAAUUCAUAAAACAAGUCUUAUCAAACUCAAUAAGCUUCAACUACUAUAUCUUCAAAAUUAUCUUACAAACCUCUUACGUUGAAUACAGAAGAAGCUAAUUAAAGCUAAAAUUAGACAAACUUGCCAUCCACAAAGAGUAAAUAAUAUCAUUCAAAAUUAUUAGAAUAAGCUAAUCAGGUUCACACUGCUGUAAAUACCAAUUAAAAAACGUAAAAUAAUGAAGAUCAAUUAUUUAACUAAUAAUAAAUUCAUCAGCAGUACUAUGCACCUUCUUCUACUUCGUAUCAUAGUAGAGUUUCGCUUGCAGGAGUACCAGGUAGCUAGAUUAAUAGCUCUCCUCACUCAUAAAACCAGUAAAAUAAAAGCAUUGAUAAAAUCAAUCCAAAAAAAUAAUCCAAUUCAACCUUAAAAUUGUUAUCUGAUAAGAAAAGCAACUAAACUUUGCAAAGCUCAAAAAGUCCUAAAAGCACAAACAAUAAUUCAUUUUAAUAAAAUCUACCUCAUCAAGCAAGUGCAGCAUCUUCUGCAACAAAUGAUAAUUCAAUGACUCAUUCUUCGAUAAAGAGGUUUGAAACUUCUGAAUAGCAAUCUUCUUCAACCCACAAUAUCAAUUUCUCACCUUUCACCAAAAAAAACGCAGAAGAGCACUCAACACCUACUCAUCCUAACAAAACGGAAAAUAUAAACAAAAGCUACAAUAAUUCUUAGCUAUUAGAAUUUCCUUUAUAUUCAACCUUCUCUUCUAAUUUAACAAAGAGUCCUUCUUCAAUGUAACAAACAGUUUAAAUGCUGGAAAUGACUAAAAUAAAAGAUAAAAUGAAAAAAAUACUUGACACUCAUACAAAAAAAGAAAAAGUAUUGUAAAACGAAAACUCAGAUUUAAAAAGCUAAAUUCUUUAACUGAAAUAAUAAAUUACAAAUCAAUAAAAUGAAAUAACAUCAUUAAAGUCCUAAAUAUCAACUCAGCAACAAAAUAACAGCAUUCAAUAUUUCAACAGCAGCAGUAAUGCUAAUUAGUUUUAAAUGUCCUUUUAAAACCUAUUUAUAAACUCUCAAGACUACUCUUCACAUAAAGGCCAGCAAAGCUCACCACAGCAACAGCAAGCAGAAAACAAUUAAAUAUUUUAAUCCCCACUAGAAAUAUCCUUUUAAUAGCAUCAAUGA